UACUCGGUCUGUGUUUGGCUUGAACAUGAGCCUUAAUAAUUCAUAAAAUCACACCCGUUGAUCCUCAGGAACAAUGGUUUCGGGUUGAUCCGUCCGCCAGCGAAACCGGUAAUUUUGGCGGCAGUGGCACAAAUCCAAAACAGUGAGAAUCAUCGCUGGGAUGGAGAGCGACGAUGAUUUUCAGACAUUUUCAUCUCCCGAUGAAGCUUCCUCUCAGUCACCGGUCCGUGAAAGAAAGCUGAAGCGCUUGAAGAAAGCGGUUAGGGUUUCCCAAGAACCACCCCACCUCGAUCGAUCAGAUGGUAACCCUCUCAAUCCUGAUACGAAUUCCUCCAAAUCUGGAGCUCAAGAUUUUCAGGAAUCCAAUGAGAUAUUGGGGUCUGGAUCGAGAUCCGAGGAAUUGUGCAGUGGAAGUGCUUUGGAUUCUGGUUUUACUGGUUUGGGCGGUGAGGAAGAUGUCUCUGGGGCUAAGAGAGCUUUGGAUUUUGAUGCCAUUGGUGUCGAAACUGAUGAGAAAGUUGUUGAGGAUCGAAGGAACGGGGUUCAAGAGGAAAAUGAAGACGUGCGCUUGGAGGAAUUGGAGAAGAAACGGCCUAAUGCUGAUGAUCUUGGAGACGAGAAAAACAAGAAGAAGAAAAAGAGGACAGACAAUGGUAGUUUCGAAGGGAAGCCCAAACGGAUGACGGAGAAGGAAAGAAGAAAUAAUAUGAAGCAACUCCAUGCUGAAUCUCAAAGACUGUUGCGAGAAAGUAGAGAUACGGGGUUUAAAGCUGCACCUAUCGUUCAUAAACCCAUAUCUUCAGUUUUGGAGAAGAUUCGACAACGGAAGCACGAGAUUUCGAAAAAGUCUGUCAUUGUGAGUGGAACUUAUUUUAUUGAUGAUGAUGAUAGUUUCUCAACGGAGGUUAUCGUGAACCACAAUAUAGAAUGCUUUCAUGUUAACGAAAGAGAAGAUAAUAGAGUUUCAGAAGCUACAAUUGAGAAGACAAUUGCGCAUCCAACCGAAGUGGAGAACGACAAUGAUAGGCUACAUAUGGAUGGAUAUAAUGAUAACGUAACAUACCCGAGCUGUGAAAAAGUUGCUUCCAAAAUGGCUGUGGUUGAAGAAUCCAAACAGGAGUUUCGAGCUCCCAUUGAUGAUACUCAGGACCUUUUUUCUGAUUCCCAAACAAGUGAUGCAAAAGAUGAUCAAAUGAAUGAGACACCUAGCAGUCCUUUGGAAGAGACUUUUGCACCAUCCAUACUUGUAAUGAACUUAAAGUUUGAUUCUGCCCCUCAUGAUGAUGUUUCUACUGAUGAAGAGGAUAAUGAUAAAGAGAAUGUCGAUCCUCAUCCACAUGGAUUAGCAGACUCGUCUUCAUCUCCACUUGGGGAUCCUGUCAAAGCAUUUGUUGAUGAUGAAGCUGAGGAAGAAGAUGACAGUGACAAUGACCUAAUGCGGUUCCAAAAUAAUGAUGAAGAUGAAGAUGAUGGAGAUGCUGAGGAGCUUAAUGACAUGAUAGCAACUGGAUAUGAAGAACAGCCAAUUGAUAAAGAAAAGCGGAAUGAACUCCAUCAGAAGUGGCUUGAACAGCAGGAUGCAGUAGGAACUGAAAAUCUUCUGCAGAAAUUGAAGUGUGGUUCAAAACUUAGAGAAACUACUUUGCUUGAAGAGAAAGAAGUUGCUGAAGGUGAGGAAGAUGAAGGGGUUGAUUAUGAAGAAUCAGAAGAUUUAGUCAUGACAAAUAUUGUGCGAAUGAAUUUACGUAAAGUAAAGCAAAUGAUUCCUCAAAUGUUUACUGACAACGAUAAUGCAUACUUCUCUGAUGAUGAGGAAACAGAAAGGAGGCUGACUAAACAAUGCCUGCUCGGAAAAGCUGAAGAGCGGGCAACUUUCCUGUCACCUGCAGAGGAUGAAAGUUCUAAAGAAAUUUUUGGUCGUAUAAAGAAGCUGAAUAUUGUGCCUAGCAAUACGAAGAAAGCCAAAACAUUCUCCUCUUUUGAUAUGCCACUUACGGGAGGAAACAGAAAUAUAUCAUCGAAGUCAUCUUUCCUUGGAAGGGGGUCAACACGUUGUCUACCAUCAUCCAAGAAACGAGGAUCAGGAACAGCUCGUUCCUUUAUCUUUAACGAGAUGAUACCGAUGGUAGAAGCACCAUACCAGUCUCAGUUAGAGGAAUCUUCAGAGGCGAUUGAGAAACAGAACCGGCCAAGGACUGCUCCAGUCAAGUUUAAUACGUUGCAAAUGAAGACAAGUACCCAGAAGUCAACUACGGCAACAGCUGCAAUGAAACCAACUACUUCAUUAUUGGACAUACUAAGGCAAACAACCUUGAAAUCCAAGCCUUGCCCUCUCGAUAGUACUGUCACCCAAAAUAAAUCUGUAUUGGCUUCAUUCAAGUUGGACAAGAAACCUGUGUAGCUUAAGGAAGAUUCUGAUGUGUGUGUGUAUAUAUAUAUAUAUACACACACAUAAAUGAGUUUAAUGUAAUUUUUAAUUUGCUCCAUGUUAAUUACUUUAUUCUUUGAGCUUUAUAACUUUUUCUUUAGUUUCUAACUGAAACAGUAUCCACAUUGGUUUACUAAUUUUACAUAA